AUGGCGGCCAAGAACCAGCAAAACCUCCACAUAGCAGUACUCCCAUGGCUAGCCUUCGGUCACAUAAUCCCAUAUCUCGAACUCUCCAAGCACAUAGCUCAAAAGGGUCACAGAAUCUCAUUCAUUUCCACCCCAAGAAACAUCGAUCGCCUCCCCAAACUCCCACCGCAUUUGUCUUCUUCCAUAGCUCUGGUCAAAAUCCCACUCCCAAGAAUCGCUGAGCUCCCAGAAAAUGCAGAAGCCACCAUGGACAUCCAUGCCGGACAAAUGGGCCUUCUCAAGAAAGCCUUCGACGCCCUCGAACCCGGCCUAACCCGUUUCUUGGAGGAUUCACGCCCGGAUUGGAUCAUCUACGACUUUGCUGCACACUGGGUGCCUCCUGUUGCGGUCCGGCUUGGGAUUUCCAGGGCCUUCUUCUUCAUCAUCAACGCCUGGUUUUUAGGCUUUUUUGGAGCAACCGACACCUUGAUCAGCGGCUCAGACUAUCGGACCAAGCCAGAAGACUUCAUGGUCCCGCCAAAAUGGGUCAAGUUCGAGACCAAGGUAGCUUUCCGGCGCUUUGAAGCUGAGUGGUCGGACGGGGCGAGUAAAUCUAAUGAGUCGGGUUUUUCUGAUUAUUACCGUAUAGGAAAAGUUAUAGCUGGGUGUGAAGCAAUUCUUAUUAGGCACUGCAAUGAGUUUGAACCGGAGUGGUUGACUUUGCUGGAAGAGCUUCAUCAUAGGCCAGUUAUUCCGCUAGGAUUGAUGCCACCUAAAGUGCAAGAUCACAGCACAAACAAUGAUGCAAAUCAUACCGUAUGGACCGGGAUCAAAAACUGGUUGAACCGUCAAAACAAAGGGUCUGUAGUUUACGUAGCACUAGGUAGUGAAGUGACUCCUAGUCAAGAUCAGGUGGUUGAGUUAGCCCACGGGCUUGAGUUAUCCGGAGUGCCUUUCUUUUGGGUGCUACGGAAGGUCUCGGCGUCGGAGUCGAAGCCAGUGGAGCUGCCUAAUGGAUUUGAGGAGAGAGUAAGCGGUCGUGGGAUGGUUUGGAGGAGUUGGGCUCCUCAAGUGGAGAUAUUAAAGCAUGCGUCUGUGGGUGGAUUCUUGAGCCAUUGCGGGUGGAGUUCGAUCGUGGAGGGACUCAUGUAUGGUAACCCACUGAUCACACUACCCUUUCUAGUGGACCAAGGUUUGAAUUCCAGGGUUAUUGUUGAGAAGCAAUUAGGAGUGGAAAUUCCACGAAACGAGCAAGACGGGACGUACACAAGGAAGUGGGUUGCUGAUUCGGUAAAGCUGGUGAUGGUGGGAGAAGAGGGAAGGAAGUUCCAGGAGAGAGCGCAGGAGAUGAGCUUAGUAUUUGGUGAUGAGGAGUUGCACAGACGCUACAUAGACACUGCCAUUCAGUUUCUUCAAAAUCAUACAAUGCCUUAG